AUGUUCAAAAAGAAACCUCAAAUCAAGAACCUCUCCCCUCUUCGCUCCUCAGACCGACGGAGACUGGCCGACCAAAUCAUUGUCGAUUACCAGGUGCACGUCCCGACAUUAGAAGAGAUAGAUCCCACAUUCUCUGCUGCCCAAGGCCAAAGCGCUCCCCCCUCCAACAAUCCCACUCCCGCCCUCUCAUCCACUCGAACCAGCCUCAUUCCCGAGACAUGUCUCUCAGCGCGCUUUACAACACAUUCGGGACCAAAUGCCACUCUGGUCUCAGGGACGGUCUAUGUCGGUGCACAUCCGGGUCAAGAAGAGAGAAUAUUAUGGAUUCAGCAUGGAAAAGAUUCGCGGCUAUAUCCCACCGUGUAUACACUGUGGCAUAAUCCGGGUUUGGUCCCGCUAUUGCACACGCAGGACUUCGUGGUCGAAAAGCUCCGUACCGGAGCCGAUUUGAUGACUCCAGGUCUUGUGGGUGGCCCUCCCUGGCCCGAUGCCGCCAAGAUUGGUGCCGUUGUCGCCGUCGCCGGAUUGGAGAGGCCGAGUGUGCCGAUAUGGGUCGGCACGUGUAAGAUUGACGUUUCAAGCCUGGGUCGCGUUCAAGGAGCAAAAGGAGCGGCUGUUGAAGGCGUCCAUUGGGAAGGCGAUGAGAUCUGGAAUUGGAGCCAGGCUGGAACUGGAGGACGAUCUGCUCCACGGACAAUCGAAGGUUGGGAAGCCGAAAAUGGAGUGGAACGAUUACAUCUGGAAGACAAUGAAGACGAUGAUGGUCAGGAAGACGGCGGUGUGGCCUUGGACCCUUCGACAGUGGAAUCCCACCAUGGAGAAAUCCUCGCCGAUGACUCAACCGCAGAGCCGGAUGGGGCCGAACCCGAACGGGAACCAACGACUGCUGAGGUGGAUGAUGCCUUUGUCGACGCCUUCCUCUAUGCCGUCUACAAUGCCAAAAAGAAGGGCGAGCCCCCCCACUAUGGAUUUGAUUUUCCGAUUCAACCAUCCUAUUUGAUGUCGAACAUGGUCCAACCUCAUCUCCGAUUCCAGACCCAACACUACACCAUUAAGAAGACAUCAUGGAAAACCAUCAAGAAAUUUAUCAAAUACCUCGACAAAGCUGUGUUGGUCAAGUCCAAAGAUAGAAACGGAGGUGAGACGGUCAUUUUGGACAUUGAUUUCGAUGACGAAAAGGUUUGCAACUUCGCACCAUACGAGCUCCCCAAACCCAAAUCUCAGCGAGCCACCACGGGCCCCGGAGACACUCAACCAUCCUCUUCGGGAAGCGCCACCGACCUGUCACUGGGACAAAAACUGACCUUGCAAAUCGUCUACCGAGCAUCCAACAAGCUGGUCCCAGACCUCAUCCCUUCCAAGACAUCAUUCUACACCUCGUCGCAAAUCUCCUCGUUCCUGAAGAAGUACAUCGAAAACAACCCAUCCUUGACAACGAAUACCUCGUCUCCACGCUUCAUCAAAUUCGACCCGUUCAUCGCCAACAACAUUCUCUCGUCGAAUCCCUCCGCCAUCGAUACCCGAGCCCUUGCCGCGGGCGAAAUCGCUCGCGACGCUCUUCUCAAACGUAUCCUCGACGACUCUCACCUAUGCAUCCCCCACUGGUUACUCCUUCGCAACGAUCAAACCUACGACCCGGAGAAUCCCGACUCAACACCCACACUGAAACCCAAAUCCGGAUCACCUCCACACGUGAACAUUACGCUGGAAAAACGUUCGGGCACGAAAGUGGUCACCAAGAUCUCAGGGCUUGAAGUGUUUGGUAUCAGCCCUCAGAUUUUGGGACCUGAGUUGCAAAAAAAGUGCGCGGGGAGUGCCAGUGUCGGUCAAUUGGUCGGUGGGAAACCGGGGAUGUUGGAGGUCUUGGUGCAAGGGGACCAGAGAGAUGUGGUCGAGAAGGAAGUCGAGAAGAGAGGUGUGGACAGACGAUGGAUCAAUGUCGAGGACAAGACGAAGAAAAAGAAGAAGAACUGA